AUGGCCAUACAGCUUCCUGAUACUUCAGAUGGAGAAGCAGGCCCUGGGGCUACUCAUCCCUGCAAGUUCAAUGCACUUCAAAUAUUCCGGCGACUAUGGGAACUUAUCACCCCAGCCCGCACCGAAGAUAUUUCUUCCCAGGAGACUGAUCGCUAUCCUCCCAAGACCACGAUCGAGAGACGCCGACAAUCCAUCGCGGAUCAGUCACUCGACAAAGACGAAUACCUCGCUGAGAAGGUCACAAGCCACCAGGUCGAGGAAACUGUACCUUCCGAGAAGACCGUCCUGUACCUCGCCUAUGGCUCGAACUUGUCUGCAGAGACCUUCCUAGGCAAGCGGGGGAUCAAGCCUCUGUCUCAGAUCAAUGUUGUCGUUCCCAGCUUGCGGUUGACCUUUGACCUGCCCGGGAUUCCAUACGUGGAGCCAUGUUUCGCAGCAACCCAGCACCGUGCCCACACACCGAAGGAAACACAUGAAGGAAAAGAUGGAAACAUCGAAACGCUGGCGGACGCGGAUGCGUCUGAACAGUCUACCCUCUUGUCGGAAGAAUCCGCAUCCAUGCCUCUCGUCGGUGUUGUGUAUGAAGUGACUGUCGCCGACUACGCCAAAAUAAUAGCAACAGAGGGUGGUGGAAGCGGAUACAAAGACAUCGUCGUGGAUUGCUAUCCCUUCCCGAAAUCCCACAGUCCGACCGACCCGAUACCCGAUCAUCCUGCAACCAAGCCCUUCAAAUCCCACACUCUUCUGUCUCCAAAUGACGACUCAGAUCCUAGUCACCUGGCCGCAAAAAAGCGUCAGCUCCUCCCUCCAUACAGACGUCCCAAACCUUGCUACGCACAGCCGUCCGCUCGCUACCUAAAUCUGAUCAACACCGGUGCGGCUGAACAUAACCUCCCGCUUCCCUAUCGGAGGUACCUCUCGCAGUUCCAGCCGUACCGUAUCACGACUGUGCGUCAGACGUUCGGCAAAGCUAUAUUCGUUACAUCAUGGUACCCCCUUCUCCUUGUUUUUAUUGGGCUUUCGAAACUGCUGGCCGGUCCAGAUGGUCGCAGUCCGCCAUGGCUGGUGCAGGUGGCGAAUCUACUCUUUUAUGCAAUGUGGAGUACGUAUGACCGGUUUUUUGCGCCCAUAUUCGGUGAUGGGGAGCGAACUGUGGAAGAUACGGGCUCAUAUACAUCGUGA